AUGACUUUCUGCAUCACACAACGAUGUGGCCUGUGCAGAUUCAGGCUUCACGACGGAGAGCGCAUUGUCGCUGGUGAGUCUAGUCACCCUCUUGUCAUCGCUCCUCUAAUUCCGACAAAAGUGGAGGACGCUGGUCAGAUUUCCGACGACAUGGUCUAUGAAGACAAUGCAGUUGACCAACGUGGAUCGAGCUAUAUGAAAUGUCUGGGGGACUGUUCACACUGGGAAGGGCGAACAACAGGCUGUCAUGUCGAAUGCGCCAAUCAGGUAUCUCCUUGGCCCGUCUCAGAAGCCGUCAAGGUGUUGGCCUUUAAUUAUACGCCGACACCUUCUGAGUGCGACAUCCGGGAAGCCUGGCUUCGUCAAACAUUCGUCGCUUUCCUGAACGGGACUUUUCGUCGACUACCCCCUGAGCUAUGUUCUAAGAUUGCUGCGAAUUUGUGUAUUCGAACAUACGCAGUGGCAUGCGCCAAAGCUCUUCGCGCUGUGCGCGGUGGGGAAUUCUCCCUGUGCCUCUCGUCCAAGAUCUGGGGCCGUUUUACAGAGUUCGAAGGCUCUUCGUACCUGUCGUCGCUGAGUAACAAUGGCGAUGACUACCACAAUCACCUCAUCUUUGAACCCGACCCUACUUCAGCCCUCGGGAGAUUUGUGUAUCUUGCGGAGGAUUACUUCGGUGUUAGGAAGAUGUUUUUCAGCUAUCCCACACCGGAUGUCGAGGAACUUCGAGGUCUUUGGUGGCGGGUAGUGGACCUCGAGCGUUCCCCCACACUUGCGGCUCGAAGCAGGUGUCUCAAACUACGUUGGUUCGUUUCUAAGGGUCCAAACUCGAACCAACAUCGCUGGGCGAACGUCCUGUGGGCUGUCCCUCCAUCCACGGCGCCUCGUUUGAUUAAACUUGAGGUGUCACCUGAAGUAGAGAGAAUGUCCGUAGUGUCGUGUAACGACCCAAGUGUGGUUGCGUAUUCGGUCCAUUGGAAUACUCGAAUCAUGUCGAUACAUACUCAUACCCGAGAGAAAGAGCUGUCAAUGUACCAUAACCGAGCCAACGGAAUCUGGCUAUUUUUUCCGUUGUACGACCACGAGAACAUAGCAGAAAUUUGGAUCCGCGGUACAACAAAGCAAGAAAUAGCAUUAAUUCUCACAACAACUCGAGGCCGAAGCCUUGUCUUUGGUCCGCAUUUGGACAUCCUACCAACGACAAGGCUUGCUUUGAUAGAUCUCCCGUCCCAGGACUCAUCGAGCCGAAUUUUUGUUGAGGAAUCAUCUGUCGGCAUACGUAACGUGGCAUUCGAGAGUUCCAACCCGGAGCCAGCGUUGAGCCCCUCUGUUAGCCUCCCUCAGCCGACGUACAGGGCCCCGGUGUCAAACCCACAAACGCCCUGGUUCUAUUCAACCGCUUCUUUGGAUGAUGUAGAGGACGUUCGACCGUGUCAGCGCAGUAUCGGUGGACGAAACAUAAUCAUCGGUCUUCUCCUUCGCUAUGUUGAUGGUCACGAGGCAUGUUUGGGACAG